AUGAAGAUAUUAAUUGUGAUAUCGUGUCUUGUUGCUGUCAGUGUGGGGCAGUUUAAAGAUCCUCCACCUUUCCUCAAACUCUGCAACAUCCAAGAUCCAAAGCGUGACAUAUGCAUCAAAAAUUCACUCCAAGAAUUUCUCAUAGACCUGCCAAAAAAUCCAAACUAUUUUGAUUUCAUACAAUUUGAACCAUUUACGUACGAGCCAUACACAUUCAAAUAUGACUACGGUGACUUUCUUAAAGGAUACUUCAAACUUUUUGAUGGCAAAGGCUAUGGAUUGAAAAAUACAAAAGUCUUAAAACUCAAAUCAGAUUUCACAGACAAAGACAUGAAGAUUCUUGCGCUCGUUCACAUGCCAAAAUUGUUCGCAACAGCAAACCUUGACACUAAAUUUGAAUUAGGAUCACUUAAGUAUGAAAAUACAAUUCCAUUUAAUGCUACAUUCCGUGAUGUAACUACAAGAUGGACUAUUAAGGGAAAAAUUGAAGAAAGAGAUGGAGAACAGUUCAUGAAAAUUGUGUUGUUUGAUGUCUUACCGGAAGCUAAGGAAUUGGUUUUUGGAACAUCUGAUGUGUUCCCUAAUGAACAACUUAACGACUUAUUUAUCGGCUUCAUCAACCAAAACUGGAAAAUAUUCUACAAUGUUAUGAUCGGCGAAACACGUAAACAAUGGGAACCAGUUUUUAGAAACGUAACCAACAAGUUCUUUGAACAGAUUCCAUUUAGAAAACUUGUAUUAUCGAAUGAUAGUUUUUAG